CCAACCACACGAAUGGAAAGUUCCAUUGAGAGUCGUUGAAUUGUCAGCGCCAUAUUGUUCACUUAUUUAUGUUUAGAUUUCAAUCAAUAAACAGCUAAAAAAUCAUAAAAUGGAAGACAACGUUCAGUUGUCGUUUCCAGAAGAAGAUGAAGAUUUAGAAGCUUUAAGAUUAGCAGCUUUGCAGUCAUUAAAACGUAAAUCAGCUAAUGAAGCCCCACAUAUGAGUUUUGGUGGUGUUAAAGACAAGGGUUAUUUUAAUGGGUCACCGCGAGGCAAGCACAAGAGGGGCAAAUUCUCAAGACUCCAACAAGGUCGCACUUGUAGAAAUGGCCAAUUUAACGGUUGGACACGUAAUUCGAAUUUAAUCGCCGUUCCAAUGGUCACCGAAGAGGAGAAUAAACGGGAAAAUGUGGCCGAAGAAGCCCCCAAAUUGAUUCUACCCCAAGACAGGUAUUGCAAAGUGGAAAAAUCACCGGAAAAAAGCGACCAAUCGAGUAAAUUCGACCGUUACGAUAAUUCCGACGAAUCAGAGGACGAGUCUGAAGAAGAAGCUUCCAGGUCCGAAACAGAGGAAAAGUCUGAACUGACGCGCUCGAAUAGCCUUGAGGCCCUCAUGGCCGAACUCGAGAACGAAAUCCAAGGAGUCACACCGGAAAAAUCACCCCCCAAACCUAAGAAAAAACGAAAAGUUACUGCCAGUGAACCUGACCCAAAAGUCGGGGAAAAUUCCGUCAAAGAAAACCUUAAACCUGAACCGGAAAUAAAACCGAAUUUUCGACGGAAAUGGCAAAAACCUCGUCGACCGUUCCAUCCGCCUAGUUUGGUACAUACAGUGGUGCCCCCACCACCGGUUGUGACAUUUGCCCCGCCUCCAGUACCACCGUUCCCGCCUUUCAUGGCUUUUGACAGUGUUUACGCUCCGCCCAUUUACGAUGCCCCGCCCCCGCAAUUACCACCGUUGCAUGUAGCACCGCCUUUGUACGAACGACCGAUUUCUCCCCUUGCGAUUAACACCGAUUUUGGGAAUGGUACGUUGGCACCACUGUCACCCCGGAGCGCCGCAUUUGUGAUGGAAAAUCGGGCGAUUAUUGAGAAGAGGAAGCGCAGGUCGUACUCCCGGAGCCCGACUCCGGUCAGAUUCCGGAAAAGGGCGUCGCUAUCGCCUUUAAGGCGGUCCUUAUCCCCAUCACCCGUCCGAAAAGUGUCGCCACGCCCCUCUCCGAAGAAACAAUCAUCGGUUCGUGAACGGUUAGGUUCAAAAAAUGAAGAAUUGAAGAAGGAAGAUCCGGUUUUGGAAGCAAGAAGAAGAAAAUUUGAACGUAAGGAAAUCACAGUGACUGAAGGUGUAAUCCGUUUGAAGAAACCCGAAACUGACGAAGAGAAAAAAGAAGAGGAAGCAGAAGAAGAAGAAGAAAUUGAUGAAGAUGCGUUAUUAGAAGGCGACGAUUCUAUUAUUUUAGACCCUAAACUUGACACUCUUUUCUCCGAUGAAGAAUCCGACAGUGACAACGAGGGGCGGUUCAAAACCAAACAAGAAACCAAUCAGAAAGUUCCAGUGUUGCCAUUUACUAAACUUAUAAAUGGCGCGAAAAGCGAAGUGAAAACUGAUCUUCGUCUCGAAAAGAAGAAAACCGAACGGAGGAAACGUUUUAGAAGUCGGACACCGCUGAAAAAACCGGAAGUUAAGCUAACCAAUGAGAGAAAAAUCGAAAUUAAAAUCCGGAAUCCGGCGAAAUAUGAAAAAACCGAACCGGAAGAAAAGGUCCGGAAGGUGGAAGUGACAGAUGAGAAACCGGAAGAGAAAGUCGAGACGAGUGUGAAUGAAGGUGAUUUGAGAACACAGCUGAGCCGGAAACGAGCUGAGCGCCAAAAGCAUCCGCUUCCGGACGUUGUGCCGUCACGUCUUUUGCAGAAUGCACUCCAAGGAGUCGGUUUUAGGAAAGUGAAGAAGAGCAAAAAAGAGGAAAAUGCAGAAGGGAAAUUGCCGAUUCAUUUGCGUCUGGGGGCUGCCACUGAGCCGUCGUUUGGGAAAAAGUCGAGGAAGCAAAAGAAAGGAAGUCAGGAGCAGGUAUUGUGUUUUGUUGCGUCAUUUCUUAUUAUUAUUAUUUUUAGUUUAAAAUUGUUCGUUACGUUAGUAUCAAAAAGAUUUCGAAUCGGUGCACUAACAAACGUUUCGCUUGAAAAAAAAAACAACGCGAUUUUAUUUUCGGGAGUUAUAGGUUGCAUGUGAUGUAUUUAUUUCUCUCUUUUAUGAUUUAAUCUGACUGUUACAGGAUAUUAUAACGACACACACACAAAAAUAAUCGAAUUGUACAAAACUGUGAUAUUUUAUAAGACUUGUACUUAAUUUAGUUAUUUAUGUAUAGUAUGCAAUUUUUAAGUUUGUUUAAAUUAAGGUUUAAAAAGUGCAUACCAACCAUGUAGAUGUUGUAAAUCCCUUAUCCCUAAUCCUUGUCGCUCCUUAAAGCAUUUAGUAAUCCCAGAUGUUCCACGAUUGUAAUGAUUUAUAAUGCAAAAAUUACACAUUUGUGCCAUUAUGAUCUUAAAUGUGUAAUUUUUGUAAAGUGAGACAAUGAUGUAAUUAUUUUGUAUCAUUUUUGAAUGAAAAAAAUUGAGAAAAGAAAGCCAAACACGGGAAAAAAGAAAUGAUACAUAACAAAAAAAUCAGAAAUUGAGAAAAAUACUUAUUGGAAAUAUGUUUGUAACAAUAUAGGUUUAAACAACUCCACAACGCCACAAAAGUCAACCCAUGAGGAGUCCGAAUUAAUCAGGAAGCCGUAAAGUGCGACAUCAAGACUCUCAUUUAAUUGUAAUAAAAGUAAAUAAGUUGUAAAUCAUUUUAUUUCUUCUUCUACUGUUAGGUACAAUUUUUUAUUGCUUGCUUAAAAAUAUAUAUUGAAUGUAAAUAUUGUGUAAAUAAGGCAAUGUACAGUUUUAUUUAUAAAAUAAACUCAUUUCUCAUUUGGA